AUGCGCAAUUCUAAUUUCACAGAAUUUAGUGCUGAACGACCCUCGAGCAAUCAUGAAACAACCUCAUCUGAAAAGGAAGUAGAGAAAUUUGCUAGAUUGUUGAAUGAUGCUCAAUGUGAACUAUACCCAUGUUGUAAGAAGUAUUCCAAAUUAUCAUUUCUUAUCAAGAUGAUUUAUAACAAAACAAUUACUAAUUCUAGCAAUAAGUCCUUCAGUAUGAACUUAGAGUUAUUCAAGGAUGCUCUCCCAGAAGGUGAAACACUUCCCAAAUCUUAUUAUGAGGUGAAAAAAUUGAUGCAUGAUCUUGGCCUUGGUUAUAUCACAAUAGAUGCAUGUGUGAAUGAUUGCAUACUAUAUUGGAAGGAGUAUGAGCAUUUAGAUACAUGCCUUAAUCCGAUGUGCAGAGCCCCUCGAUGGAAGUAUGGUUUGGGUAAAUGUAAGAAGAUUGCUCAAAAGGUAGUUAGAUAUUUUCCUUUGAAACCUAGACUUCAAAGAUUAUUUAUGUCGAAGGAAAUUGCUAAGGAUAUGAGGUGGCAUAAAGAAAAGCGGGUAAAUAAUGAUGUUAUUAGGCAUCCAGCUAAUGCUGAGGCAUGGAAAGAGUUUGAUAAGGAAAAUGAUUGGUUUGGUCGAGAUCCUCGCAAUGUGCGACUUGGGCUUGCAAGUGAUGGAUUUAACCCAUUUGGCAAUAUGAGCACCAGUUAUAGUAUGUGGCCGGUCAUUCUACUUCCUUACAAUUUGCCACCUUGGAAAUGUAUGAAGGAGCCAUUUUUAUUUUUAUCCAUGCUUAUACUAGGUAAGGAUUCUCCUGGUAAUGAUAUUGAUGUUUAUUUACGACCAUUAAUAGAUGAACUAAAAGAAUUAUGGGAAAAUGGUGUGGAGACAUUUGAUUCAUAUAGUAAUGAAAAUUUUCAAUUACAUGCUGCAUUGUUAUGGACUAUAAAUGAUUUUCCUGCUUAUGGAAUGUUAUCUGGGUGGAGUACAAAGGGAAAAUUAGCAUGUCCAUUACGCCACAAUUUGGAUGUGAUGCACAUUGAGAAAAAUAUAAGUGAAACCAUUAUAGGGAUGUUGUUGGCAAUAGAUGGGAAGACAAAAGACAAUGUCAAGACUCGUUUGGAUUUGGAAGAAAUGGGUAUAAGAAAAGAAUUGCACUUGCAAAGAGAUGGUGAUAGGAUUUUAAUGCCAUUAGCAUGUUACACUUUACCAUUAUCAGAAAGGAAGAAGUUUUGUGAAUGGUUAAAAUUAAUUAAGUUACCUGAUGGUUACGCCUCUAACUUGUCUCGAUGCGUAAAUGUUGAUGAUUGUAGAUUAUCAGGAAUGAAAAGCCAUGACUAUCAUGUAUUUUUACAACGAUUACUUCCAGCUAUAGCUCAUGGUUUUUUGAGAAAGGAUCUUUAUAUUGUGUUGUCUGAGUUGAGUUUUUUCUUCAAAGACUUAUGCUCGAAGACAAUGGAAAGAGAUACUUUACAUAAGUUACAAAAUGAUAUAGCUUUAAUAUUGUGUAAACUUGAAACCAUAUAUCCACCAUCAUUUUUUGUGAUUAUGACACAUUUAUCAAUUCACUUACCACGUGAAAUAGAACUUGGUGGGCCAGUUCAAUAUCGAUGGAUGUAUUUUGUUGAAAGGUUCUUAUGUUCUUUGAAACAAACGGUGCACAACAAAGCUCGCCCAGAAGGUUCCAUUGCUGAGGCAUAUAUCAAUAAAGAGUGCCUUAACUUUUGUUCCAUGUACUUUCAUGGUGUUGAAACUAGGCACAAUCGAGUGGAAAGGAAUUUUGAUAGGCCUCAAAUGUCGAUACCCAAUGGGUUUUUAAUUUUUGCACAAAAGGCAAGAACUUUAGGAGCUACUGUAUAUGAUAUGCUAUCCUUGUCUGAUUUCAAGAAAAUUCAAUGUUUGCACAAGGAAGAACUUCAAAGACAAAGUAUUGCUAAUGUGCAACAUAGACAUCAGGAUGAAUUUCCAUCUUGGUUUAAGCAAUAUUAUAGUGGUAUAAUUGUGAAUGGAAUUAGAUUUCACAAUAUUGAACGUGACAAGUAUCGUCAUACUCAAAAUAGUGGUAUUGUGGUGAAAGGAGAACAUAAUUCAGAAGAAAUUGAUUUUUAUGGUGAGUUAACUGAUAUCAUUGAGCUUGAGUAUUGUCAUGGGAAUUGUGUUUAUGUGUUUAAAUGUAACUGGUGGAAUAUCGACGAUAAAAAGAAUGGAUCAAGAACAUAUGGCCAAUUAAUGAGUGUUAAUGUGAAUCGAAAAUGGUAUGUAGAUGACCCUUUUGUGUUGCAAUAUGAGAUAAAUGAUGGAAAUGUGAUUGAACAAAUUAAUAAUCAAGAUAUAGAAUCAUUGCAUCAUGAUGAUGAAAUUUUAGAAGAAAUUGAUGCUACCACUAUACUCUCAAGGAAUAGCCGAAAAUCAAGUGAAGAUACAAUUAGUGAUGAUUCUACUGAUGAAGAAGAUGAUACGAUUAUUGAUUAUUGUGUUAGUGAUGCUGAUGACAAGGAAAAAGAUGACAACAAUAAAGACAAUUAUGAUGAGGAAGAUGAUGAUGAUUUUUAA